UUGGGAAUCGAUGAAUACACAAUUGAUUUGAAUAAUCUGACAUCCCUAGUACGAACCUUCUUUCCGGUGUAGCCGUUGACAACGGAGGUUAAAAUGGCCGCACAUAAAUCGUUCCGAAUCAAGCAAAAGCUUGCUAAAAAACUAAAGCAGAACCGCUCUGUACCACAAUGGGUUCGCUUGCGUACUGGAAAUACCAUCCGCUACAAUGCCAAGCGUCGUCACUGGAGGCGCACUAAGUUGAAGUUGUAAACUUGUGCAUAUGCCACUUUUUGCAGUUUUGUAGUUUGUAUCAAAUAAAUUAAUUAUUGAAAUACAAACUAAA